UUAUUCCUGGUAUAAUUCAACUAAAAUCUGACCAGGCAGUCACAAACCAUCUGUAGGUAAGAAGUAUUUAUUUUUUUCAUUGAAAAUUGAGGGAUUUCUAAGCUUCCCUCGCUUUUCUCUCGUUUGAGAGGUUAUGUUAUUUGGCGCCCACUUGUUGGAGCCGCAUUGCGUGAUUUUCCACCCCAUUUUUCACAACUCUAAACCACCCAGAGAAUGCCUCCACUUGCUGAGCCACAAUUCUGCUUGACAGAAAAAAUCAAUAGCGUGUUUGAUCAAUGGCAUUUCCCUUGUUUGUGGUCAAAUUCUUCCACUGCAAUUGUUCUGAGAGGGCUUCCAUAAGUGUUGUGAAGACGGAAUGUUGACGAAUCUCAGGAAGAAGAUCAAGAAGCUGGGAAAGUCCCGGUCAGUGUCACCCUUUGUGCCACCGCCGCGGCCCUUCUGCUCCCGUGAGAUUCACGAGCCACAGUAUGAGUGCUGCUUCGAGGACGGCGCGGCAUUUCUCGAGGAAUUGCCACUGGAGACGACCAAAGUGCGAAAGGCUGGUGAGAGUUUCUUCUUCUGGAAUCUCUGUGAUAAGCUGGAGAGUGCCCGCAUCACGGAGAACAACCAGGGAAUUGGGCGGAUGUACGAGAAGUUGCCUGAGCACGACAAGAAGAUCCUCAAUCGCAUGGCCAGGAAGCGCACAGAGGAGAGCCUGAUGGCGGAGGACGCGGAGAUAGCGCACAAGUAUUGGGAUGAGGAGAAGCGGGCGCGUCGGACUAUGCUGGAGCAGCACCAGGAGCAGCUGAAUCGCGUGGUGCGGGAGAAUCGCGAGCGCGAGACGCGCGAAACGGAGGAUCGCCUGGCGUGCCUGGAGAGUCGCGAGAAAUACCAGCGCGAGAAGCUGAAGAGGGAGCUGUGGGACAAGAACCAGCGCCUCAGCCACCGCCUCAAGUGUCUGCAGAUGAAGCGCGAGGUGCGGCAGUGCGACAAGAGGCGCGAUCAGAUGCGACGCCUGCAAGUGGCGGCGAUCAAUCAGCAGGAGCAGGACUUGGACAACCAGAUUCGACAGCAAAUCCUGUACGAUCAGCUGGAAGUGAAGAUCGCGCGCGCCGAGUGCUUGCGACGGCGCAUCCUGGGCGUGCAGAAGAGCCGCAUUCAAGCGGACAACGAGCUGCAGCAGCGCAUCCACGCCAUCAAGUACCAGGAAGUGCAGCGACUCAACCAGUUCCGCCACCAGAAGCUGCUGCUACACGUGAAGGAGACCGACAGGCGGGCAGAGCAGAUCCGCGAGACGAAGAAGCGCGACCUGGAGGAGAGCCGCCACGUGGCGGAGAGCUCGCGCACACUCAGGGACUUCAUACGGCGCUCCCUCAGCCCAGAAGUCUUUCGCGCCAUGAACUGCCGCAGCGUGGCCAGUGAACGAUGCGUCUCCAAUCUCUCCUUCCAGAGCCAUGUGAAAUUGGGCUAG